GGAAAUGAGGUUCACGCCGAGUGCAAGUGAACGCUAUUAAUAAUACAUCCUCAGCCUAGCAUGGAGUCUAUCCAUCACCUUCAUAGCUAUUUGGAUGGGGGGCGCUCUCCAGCCAAAGCCCAACGCAAUGCCUCUCUCCCUAGUAAGCAAACCCUUCCUUUCUCCACCUUUCCUCCAACGCAGCAAACUUCCUUCACAACUACCCCCUCCUCCUCGGCUGAGGAUUUCCUCCUCCUCUUCUUCUUCUUCCUGUCUUCCAUUUGCGGCUUCUACUGCCACCACUAUAAAUGGCUUCUCCAACUUCAUUUCUCACCAGCAACCAGGGGAAGACAAAGGGACAGCUGAUCUCUGCGUUCCAGUCUACUCCUCAUCUGAGGUGGUAGAGAAAUUACAAGGAAAAUUAAGACCAGAGAAGAGGCAUCCAUAUCGAGCAAUGUAUUCUAGUUUUUUUGAUGGAAUCACUCUUGAUCCUGCGCUCAUGAUGAUUCCACUUGAUGAUCACAUGGUUCACAGAGGGCAUGGUGUUUUUGAUACCACUAUGCUUUUUAAUCGAUACUUGUAUGAUUUGGACUCCCAUCUGGUCCGGUUCUUGGAUUCUGCCUCAAAAGCAAAGAUCUCCUCCCCUUUCCCUCGCAAAACACUUCGAAGCAUUCUUAUCCAGCUUGCAGCAGCAUCAAAGUGCACGACAGGCUCCCUAAGGUUCUGGCUGAGUGCUGGUCCUGGGGACUUCUUGCUAUCAGCAUCAGGGUUACGAAAUUCUCAAUUCUAUGCAGUAGUCAUCAGCCAAAACUUCUCCGAGUGCAGCAAAGGUGUUAAAGUUAUAACAUCAACCAUUCCCAUGAAACCUCCUCUGUUUGCCGCAAUGAAAAAUGUGAACUAUCUCCCUAAUGUUCACUCCAAAAUGGAAGCAGAAGAGAAGGGUGUCUUUGCCUCCAUCUGGGUUGAUGACCAAGGCUACGUUGCCGAGGGUCCUAAUGCAAAUGUUGCAUUCAUAAGCAAGAGAAAGGAGCUUCUACUUCCCUUGUCUGAUAAAAUCCUUAUCGGUUGCACUGCUAAGAGGCUUCUCGUGCUAGCAAGCAAAUUGGUUGAACAGGGCCUGUUGAGAAGUGUGAGCACCAGAGAUGUCACAGUAGCAGAAGCCAAGAAUUCAGCUGAAAUGAUGUUUGUGAGCAGUUUGCUUCCUAUACUGCCCAUUGUUGAAUGGGAUGAGCAGCCCAUUGGAGAUGGAUUGGUGGGAGAACUGACACUAGCCAUUUCUGCUCUACUCUGGGAGGACAUAAUUUCAGGCCCAGAAACAAGGAGGGUGCCUGUUCUUCAUGAGCAAAUGGUUGCGACAUAGAGAUUUAAAACAAGGUGCCAUGCUUGUAGCGUGAGGGCUCUCAUUGAUGUUACAUUUUUUUCGUCCCCUUUUUUUUCUUCAGGAUUAGUACUUCGUUUCAUUUUUUGAGAAAUACAGCAAGCGAAUUCCUUUCAAUUUUUGUCAUUUCAUAAAUUCCAAACAUCCUCUAAAACGAUACC